AUGACACGCAAGCACGCGACCCUCUCGAAGCGGCGUUCCAAAGCGAACCUGACAGUCUCUACCGGGUCAAACGGACGUGCGAAUGGCAAGAUGAAUAACAAUAUCGAAAUGCGCAGGAGGGAUACGCCCUCCGCAGAGACCUCAGCCGAUAGAACAGCCCAACUCAUGUCGCGACCGAGCUUCUCCCUCGACAACGACCAGGUGCCGCAAACCCCAAUCCAGACAAAUACAACGUUCCACAAUCUACCACGCAGUGAUCGCCGCAAUUUUCUGCUGCUGGUCUUGCUAUACUUCCUCCAAGGAAUCCCCAUGGGCCUGGCCACCGGUUCCGUGCCCUUUCUGCUCAAGCCGUAUCUCUCAUACGGCCAGAUCGGAAUCUUCUCGCUCGCCUCAUACCCAUACUCGCUCAAGUUAUUAUGGAGUCCUAUUGUGGAUGCCGUGUGGAGUACGCGCUUUGGUCGGCGCAAGAGCUGGAUCACCCCCGUGCAGGUGAUUGCCGGACUAGCUAUGAUCUAUAUGGGUAGCCAUAUCGAGAAUAUGAUGAUCGAGGCCGGCGCGGAUAAUGGCGCGGGCGUCUGGAAAUUCACAUACUGGUGGUUUAUGCUAGUGCUUUUCUGUGCCACCCAGGAUAUCGCUGUAGAUGGAUGGGCGAUCACGUUGAUGUCCCCACCGAACAUCUCCUACGCCUCGACCGCCCAAACGGUCGGGUUGACAGCGGGCCAUUUCCUGUCCUACACUGUCUUCUUGGCAUUCAACUCCAAGGACUUUGCGAAUCGAUGGUUCCGCACUAUCCCAGGCGAGGAAGGUCUGCUAUCUCUCGGCACUUAUCUCAACUUCUGGGGCUGGGCUUAUCUGAUCGUGACGUGUGGUCUGGCCUUCCUCAAGAAGGAAGAACGCAGCAAGGAACGCGACAGCAUUAUGGAUGUGUAUAAAAGCAUGUGGAGCGUUCUGAAGUUGAAGAACAUCCAGACCAUUAUCCUGAUUCACCUCAUUGCCAAGAUCGGCUUCCAGGCCAAUGACGGAGUCACUAGUCUCAAGCUCCUCGACAAGGGCUUUGGCCAAGACAACAUGGCCCUAGUCGUGUUGAUCGACUUCCCUUUUGAGAUCAUGCUGGGCUACUAUGCCGGCCAGUGGUCAACCAACUACGGAGCAAUGCGCCUCUGGGGCUGGGCCUUUAUCGGACGACUAGCAGCCGCCGUGCUCGCUCAAUUCACGGUCAUGAUCUAUCCCACAUCCUCGGAGAUGCCAAUGUGGUACAUGCUCACGGUAAUUGGCGAGCAUGUUCUCUCAACCUUUAUGAACACGGUCAUGUUCGUGGCCAUCUCGGCCUUCCACGCCCGAAUCGCCGACCCAGCCAUUGGCGGGACGUACAUGACCCUCCUUGCAACCGUCUGCAACCUGGGUGGAACAUUCCCCCGCAUCUUCGUCCUCAAACUCGUCGACAUGUUCACCCAAGCAACAUGUCUUCCCCCAACCAUCGCUCCACCCGCCGAUUCUCUCAAAGACACUCUUAUCACGACGGCAUUCUCCUGCGCGCUCGAGCCAGAGAAGAACCGCUGCGUGAACGGCGGCGGUACCUGCCACAUCGACCGUGACGGGUACUAUAUGACCAACAUACUCUGUGUGCUCAUUGGCACGCUCACGUUCAUUAUGUUUAUCAAGCCGGCUGCGCAGAAGCUACAGGACUUGCCUCUCCGGGCUUGGCGGUUGACGUCUAAUCCCCAGCGCGGGUGA